UUCAGCCUCGAGACGACAGGAACAUCAUGAAGCUGCUGAACUACAUGUUCAUCCUCCACCUGAGCUACUGUCUCUGUCAAGACCCAACCGAUGUCCAGGUGAGAGCAGAUGGAAACAACACAGGGGGAGUAAAGCUGGAGGAGUACAAAGGUGACCCUCGCGUUCACCACAGUAAAUGCCGCUGGACGCUCCGGUUGCCUGGAAGCAGGAGCGGUGAUGUGGUGCCGCUCUCGUCCGACUCCACAGAUUCGUUGGUGGAUCAGAUCUGUCAGGACCUCGACUGUGGGCGUGUCUAUCAUGUGGACAAAACCAGCGCCCCCCCCAACGCCACCUGCUUCCACGACUGCCUGUACAAGGACCAGCGUUUGCAGAACUGUUCUCAGAGAGUGAGCGGUGGAUGCACAGUGAUCGCUGCAGCCCUUUGUGACCACCAGGCUGUGUGGCUGGCUGAAGGGCCCGACCGCUGUGCUGGACGUGUGGAGCUGUGGAGAGACGGCCAGCGGGGAACAGUGUGUGAUGACGGCUGGGACCUGAGGGAUGCUGACGUGGUGUGCGCCCAGCUGGGCUGCGGUUACGGCGUCAGUGUGACGGGACAGGGCGGCUCCUUCCCCCCCGGCUCAGGACCCGUCCUCCGGGACGAGCUGAACUGUUCGGGCCGUGAGGAGAACCUGUGGAGCUGCCCGGCCUCACAGGAGGAGCCCGACUGUGGACACAAAGAGGACGCAGGGGUCACAUGCUCAGAGAUGAGAGACAUCAGACUGACCGGGGGGGCUGACCGCUGCUCUGGGAAACUGGAGGUUCACCGUAACGGCAGCUGGGGCACGGUGUGUGACAACUGCUGGAAUGAACGUCUGGCCUCCAUGGUGUGCUCCAUGCUGCGGUGUGGCAGCACAGCCCUGAACUUCUCCCAGUUCGUUCCUCCUCUCGCCCACAACCAGGGGCCACAGUGGUUCUACCGGUGCAAGCCAGAGCAUCACAGCCUGUGGCAGUGCAAGGAGUACGUCAACAAAAGCCACUUGUGUGUGGACUCAAAAGCAUCGGGGGUCAUCUGUGAAGGUUCUCUCGGAUUUCUCCAAGCGACCAAAACGAAUGCAACUCCAGUGACGACCAGUUGGACGAAAGUCCCAGCAGCACCAACCACAGCCCCCCCUUCAGAGGGUUUAAUCUCAGCGUCUCAUGUGCUCCUCAUCUUCAUCACUGUGUGUCUGCUGCUCCUCGUGCUGCUGAUCACCAACACGGUGCUGUGCUGCCACUACAGGAGGAGACACGCGUUCUUACUCCAGCAGAGUCGCACCAGCCCUCGACAGCGUCGCCUCAACCCCUACCAUGAAACCGUCGACCUGGUGAAAGUCACCGCCCACAACCAGCAGCAGACAAAUGUCCCCUCGGACCCCAGGUACCUGUGGACCCAGCGUAGUAGUGUUGACACCUCAUCAGUAGAUACAGACUAUGAGCAGGGUGACCCGAGCUAUGACCCGUCUUUCCCUUUAUCCACCUUUCGGAAUUCUCAGCGAUACAGAAACCACACCAGCCCGUCCCCGAUGCCUUCAGGUGCUGACGGCCUCUGUCCGGAAGGCCCUGCACCAACACACAAAGACACAGGAGCCUUCUCAGCUCCGAGCGGAGGCCCCCCCGAUGCUCAACAGGCCCGAGCCUCAGUGAUCUCAGUGGAUUCAUUUGACACCUCCAGCACCUCCUCUGGGGAGGACUACCAGAACAUCAACAAGGGCGGAUACAUCAAUGUCACGCCGGAUCCUGGACUGGACCAGUCGUCUGCUGCCAGUGGAGCUCCGGAUCCUUUAAGGUUCUUCAACAAUCAUCAACUCCACUCGGCCCAAGCAACAAACCAGAGUUCAAGUGAUGAAGACGACGGACCCCUCUACUCUCCAGUGAGUCCCGACUGAAACUCUUCAUCGUCUUCAUCACACAGUGGAGGAGACUCAACGUCACUCAGACCGAAGAGAACAGGAAGACACAUCUGUGAAAUUUCACUGUACAGGAAACACACUGUGAAUUAACAUGUAAAAAAACAAAUAUCUCUCCAGACCCUGAGCCCAUUGGGCAGUAAUGUGGAUUUUGCAAGUUAAAUUAAAUGUAUAACUUUUGACACUUUGGUUGAAAGUGGUUUAACUUCUUAAGAUGUUUGAAUUAACAUGGAAAUAAACAUAAUUUCAAUGAU